AUGCCGUAUGAUUACUUCGACUCGUUCGACCGUUUCGAUGAGCUGUGUCUGCCUCCUCAAGAUGCGUUUUACAAUAAAUUGGAAGAUAAGCCCUGUCCCAGAAGAAUGUAUCGUAGAGCUCAGGAGGUGUGGAGUAGAUUUAACUGCAGCAACUUGGGUCAAUAUGUUGACUUGUACAUGAAGACUGAUAUUCUACUCCUUGCAGAUGUCUUUGAACAGUUUAGAUCAAGCUGUAUUAGUACCUAUGAUUUAGAUCCGGCCCACUAUUUUACACUACCAGGCUUUACUUGGGAUGCCAUGUUGAAAUACACGCGACAAGAGCUGGAACUCCUUACCGACCAGGAUAUGUUUCUCUUUGUCGAGCGGGGUAUUCGUGGAGGGUUAAGUCAAGUCUGCUCUAAAAGAAGAGCUCAUGCAAACAACAAAUAUAUGUCCAAAUAUGAUUCAACGAAACCGGAUGUCUAUCUAAUGUACAACGAUAUCAAUAACCAGUAUGGCUGGAGUAUGAGUCAAUAUCUUCCAUAUGGAGGCUUUGAAUGGGUAGACUCCAACAUCGAUAUCACUACGAUUCCGGAUGAUGCAGAUGAAGGCUACAUUCUAGAAGUUGAUUUGGAGUAUCCACAGCAUUUGCAUGACGCUCACACGGAUUUACCGUUCUGUGCAUUACACAUCAACCCGAAGACUAUGAAACCGCCAACUGAAGCUGCGGAAAUUUCAAAACUCAUGGCGACCUUAAAUAAUAAAGAAAAAUACGUCAUCCACUAUCGAGCCUUGAAGCAAGCAUUAGCCCAUGGUCUAAUUCUCUCCAAAGUACAUAGGGUACUCAAAUUUAAACAGUCCCCUUGGCUAAAGUCCUACAUUGACCUUAAUACAGAACUAAGAAAAAAAGCCAAGAAUGAAUUUGAGAAGAACUUGUUUAAGUUGAUGAAUAACGCAGUCUUUGGGAAGACUAUGGAAAAUGUCAGAAAACGGGUUAAUAUCAAAUUACUAUCCCAAUGGAAAGGACGUUACGGCGCAGAAUCAUACAUUGCGAAACCGGAAUUUAAAUCUUGCGCCAUUUUUAACGAAAACUUGGUAGCUGUAGAAUUGAAUAAGCUUGAAAUUUAUUUAAAUAAGCCUAUAUACGUUGGCCAAGCCAUUCUUGAUCUAGCCAAGACGACCAUCUACAGCUUCCAUUAUGACUACAUGAUGGAUAGAUUUGGAGAUAACUGUACUGUUCUUUACACAGAUACGGACAGCUUAAUUUACGAAAUUCGUGAACAAGACCCUUAUAUGGCUAUAAAAAGCGACUGUUUUAAAUAUUACGAUACUAGCGAUUAUGACCCCAAUAACCCAUAUGGCAUACCCCUUGUAAAUAAGAAAGUGUUGGGCAUGAUGAAAGAUGAAAAUAAUGGACAGAUAAUGACCGAUUAUGUAGGAUUACGAUCGAAACUGUACACCACUAAAGUAUUAUCCACUAAGGACGAUUUAAUAAAACUACAACAGAAAUUGGAAGCGGAGGAGUAUGAUGAGGAUGAAAUUGCUACGAUUAUUAAAAAUUAUGGUUUGACUAAGAAGGCAAAGGGGAUAAAGAAAAGUGUAGUAGAAACUAAAAUUACCUUUGAUGAUUAUGUGGAGUGUCUGGAGACCUAUAAGCGCAAAACUACAUCUCAAAAUUUGAUUCGUACGGAUAAACAUCAAGUUUAUUCCAUAACGCAGUCGAAAAUUGCUCUAAGUCUUGAGGAUGAUAAGAGAUACCUGAUUCCUGACUCAUUUAACACUCUACCGUGGGGCCAUUAUGCUAUCAGUAAGCCUCAAGAUGUUGAACAGAUGGAAGUUGAUUAA